AUGCAGGCGAGCUUCGCCUGCCACCGCCCCUCGAUGGCGGCCGUGCUGCGUUCGAUCGCUCGAAAUGUGGGUGCGAGGGCCGCGCGCGCGCCAGUGAUCACGCGGAGGGCGCCGUCGGGGGCACCCGGGCAGGGUGCUUGCCGCCGGGGUGGGGCGGUGCGCGCCGCGGCCGACCUGGUGGGGGCCGACGUCGCCAUCGGCCGCGACGCGUUCAAGACGCUCGACAUCGUCUUCUACAACACAUUGUCGCGGAAGAAGGAGAAGUUCGAGACCAUGACGGAGGGGAAAGUGGCCAUGUAUGUGUGCGGGGUGACGGUGUACGACCUGAGCCACAUCGGCCACGCCCGCGCGUACGUCGCGUUCGACGUGCUGUACCGAUUCCUGCAGUUCGUCGGGUACGAGGUGGACUACUGCCGCAACUUCACAGACAUCGACGACAAGAUCAUCGCCCGGGCGAACGAGCGCGGGGAGGACCCUGGGGACCUCACGGAGCGCAUGAUCCAGGAGUAUUUGAAGGACAUGGAGAUGCUGUUCUGCCUGCCGCCGACACGGGAACCGAGGGCGACGGAACACAUCGAUGGGAUGAUCAAGACGAUCCAGAGCAUCAUCGACAACGGCCACGCGUACCAGGCCGGGGGCGACGUGUACUUUGAGGUGGGCACGCUGCCCGGGUACGGCAGGCUCUCUGGGAGGAAGCAGGAGGACAAUCAAGCGGGUGCUUCGGGGCGCCUACAGACCGAGGCGUCCGUGAAGCGAGGGUCCGGAGACUUCGUGCUGUGGAAGGCGGCCAAGCCGGGCGAGCCCACGUGGGACUCCCCCUGGGGUCCGGGGCGUCCCGGGUGGCACAUUGAGUGCUCCACGAUGAUCAAGACUCUCAUGGGGUCGGCGAUCGACAUCCACGGGGGCGGGCAGGACCUGGUGUUCCCGCACCACGAGAACGAGAUCGCGCAGAGCCAGGCCGCCGCGUGCUGCUGCGACAAGGAGCACAUGCACAACGGCGGGGUGGACUUCGUGCGGUACUGGCUGCACAACGGGUUCGUGAACGUGGACAACGAGAAGAUGUCAAAGUCGCUUGGCAACUUCUUCACCAUCCGGGACAUCGUCCACCAGUACGACCCCGUCGCGCUGCGGUUCUUCCUCGUCUCCACGCACUACCGCCAGCCGCUCAACUACUCGGACGUCGGCCUUGAGAUGGCGUCGGCGCGCGCGUACUACAUCUACCAGACGCUGGACGAGUGCCGCAAGGCGCUCGAGGACGCGGGCGAGGAGGGGGUGCAGGCUACGGAGGCGGCAGCGGCGGCCACGGAGGGCCCGGGCGUUGACCUGUUGCAACAGGCUGUCAAGGCCCUCGCGGAUGACGUCAGCACUCCGAACGUGGUCGCUCUGUUCGGCGAGCCUCUGAAGGUCAUCAACGACCUGAGUCCGGCGACGAAGAAGAACAAGAAGAAGGCGGACCGUUUGCCGACCCUUGCCUCCUUGCAACACGGGCUGCGACAGGUGCUGGCCCUCCUGGGGCUGCCCACGGAGGCCGACUCGGCGGGCGACAUCAUCGCGCGGCUGCGGCAGUCGUUCUUGCAGCGGGCGAAGCUGACGGAGGAGGACAUUGCGUGCCUUAUUGAGCAGCGCGCGGAAGCCAGGAAGAACAAGGACUUCGAGCGAGGGGACCAGAUCCGCGAUGAGCUGGCGGCCAAGGGCGUCCUCCUGAAGGACGCGCCGGAGGGCACGACCUGGCAGCCAGGCACCCCUGCGGGGAAGGCCUGA